AUGGCUGACUGCUGGAAAGAGGAACCUCGCUCUCGUCCCAGUUUCUAUCAACUGAUCGAAAAACUGGAGGUGAUAAUGGAGAGGGAUGCACCAUACUUGCAUCUAAACGAACACAAUGAAGAUCGUCCAUAUUACAACGUGCCACCUGAAGCUAGUGAUGAUUAAACUGAUGGAGAAGGAGCUUCCCCAGUAAUCAGACAAUUUCAGACCAAACGAUUAUAAACAGUUAACCAGUAAUGAUCAUAUCGAGAAAGUAAUCUUAAAACGUUUGAACAGGAAGUAAAAGUAGAAGCAUAUCAAGAACCGUUUUAGCAGUAAGGCACAUAGGAUAUAUCAGGACUGAGCCCUUUACCCAGGAAUGUUCUUGCAAAACGCCUGGGUCAUAGCGUAAUAGAUUUAUAUUUUUAAGACCGUUUUUAGAUUCCUCGAUCUCUCACGUAAAAAUAAAAACAAAUUAUUAAGCUGUCACAUGCUAGCUGUUUUCGUUUCUUCACUAUCUGCAGCCUGCGUAGUCAGAGGGAUCAUAAGCGCGUAGAGAGUUUCGGCAGAGGAGCUGCAAAGCCGCUCACCUUAGGAAAGAAGAGGAGACGUUUUGAAAUUCCCUCGCAGCUUCACCGCCAUAACUCUCACACGCGCGCGCGCGCUAAAAAAGGGAAGGCCAGCUGAUCUGACAGGCAGCCUAAGCGUAGCAUGGUUGUUGCAUGUGGUACAAUAAUGCAAAAUGAAAGGAAACUAUCGAAAAUUCGUCCGGGGCGGUAAUAGAUUCAAGAAGAACGUUAUUAGCAGAAAUUAAUUAACAAUUAAUGAAUGAGGCUGAGUAUCUUAUGAAGAAUUAUGGACAUCCAAGAGGGUGUUAUUCGUCGAGGCCGUAGGCCGAGGCGGAUAACACCCUCCGAGAUCUCCAUAAUUCUUCAUAUGAUACGAAAGCCGAAUUCAAUAAUUGUCUUUAUUAUUCAUUCAAAAUAAUUCCUAGUUUAAAAACAUGACUAAAACACGCUUACCUCCAUCGAUCCAUCGAUGUUAAGUUCAUCCUCGAUAGUGCACGUUUAGGGUUGUUCAGCUCCGCAAAUAUUCUCCAAAUAGCAGAUGUCGCCCUUCGAGUUGUCUCCUUGCUUUUCUUGCCAUGUUUUUAGCUAUUUUUUCGCCUAGUUCUUACUCUUGAAACGAGUAAAAUGUCCGCCAUUUUUCAAGUUCACCGACCAACACAACUCAACCUCGUCCCCAGGUCUUCUCGGUUGACUGUGCAUUAACCUGUAAGAACGCUACAUUUUUGACGUCAUUUCCUCGCUAAACACAAAAUUCUUCCAACUUUAGUCAUCAGUAACCGGUUAUGGUGAAUUAAAGUGUGCUUUUAGCCAAUCAGAAUCGGGGAAAUAUUUUGAAUGAAUAAUAAUUCUCAAUAAAAACAUCUCUGACGUUAUUUAAAUUGCGUGUUUUUGCUUUUUGCCAAAAAAAAAAAAACAAAAACAAAAACAAAAACUUGAGUGAGCCACCAACGAUCGAAUUAAAAUAUUUUCGUUGAGUUGAUGGGACUGAGGGCCCACAGGAGCCGAUUACUUAAUUACUUAAGUAAUCGGCUCCUGGGGGCCAUGAGGAUCUAAGGCAUUUCAAGCCCAUUUGAGAGGGGGCUUAAUAGAGACGGGGGGCUUAUUUAAUUUAGAAAGAUGAUGGUAUGAGUUCUCGGUAAAGAACUAGAGUACAAAGUGGAAAAGCUCAAGUGCAAGGAGGUUGGAGGUCAUGCACCCUAGGAUCAGAACCAAAUCCGAACUUCCAGAGUUGGUAAAUGAACCAUUCUGUCUCAGUCCACACGAAGUUUUACGGUCGAGAUUGAUUGUACAGUCUAUCAUUUAUUGGUGAAGAAUAAUUAGGGGAGAGAAUGGGGGGCGGGGGCUUACUAACUUUCUUCCCCAGAAAAGGUGGGGGGGCUUAUUGGGAGGAGGGGGCUUAUUUAUCGGCUCCUGGCUUUAAUAUUAGAGAUUGAGAGGGGAGCUUAAUAGAGGAUUUACGGCAUACUUGACAUGAUCCAGUACGAAAAAUAUCUUCUUCAGCAGCAAAACCUUUGCGGUGCUUAAGGCUUCGAGUGCGUCAGGUUUUAGAAAUCUUGCUUGAACGUACUUACAGCUAUCCCAAAUUUCCCGUCCUUUGGGGGAGAAGGGUGGAAUCGAAAACCCAGACACAGAUCAGAGACGAUCUGGGUCCUAGGCUCAUUUGCGCCCGCAAGGUAUGGCGGUAACAAUCAAAAAUGCGGGAAAGGAGGGAAUAUUCACAACAAAGGGAUUUGAGUGUAAAAAUACUGAAAAUGAUGGCUUUUUCCUCUAAAUUGCUAUAAUCAGAAGGUAACCAUGGCUCUGUCUAGUCCAGAAUCACGUGUUCCGCCACGCCGGGUUGUAAUUAAUCGCACUGAAAACCCGAGCGAGGAACACGAGGAGCUCAACAAGAUGGCGCACGGCGUUGUGGCAGAAAGUCGAAGGUUUGUACUCUUGGUUGAGUUUUCUUCUAUGUAGCGAAGUUUCGCUUAGUUGUGUUAUUAAUGGAGGGAACGUAUUUAACUUAGAUAAUUUACUGAAAUUUUAAAAGGUGUAUAUGCACACGAGCCCAAGCCUAGCUUGAUUUAUUACAUCGAGAGAUGCAUUAUCUCUAUUUUAUGUCCCCCCCCCCCGCCGGUAACCUCAAUCGAUGAGGAUUUUAUGGGGCUGGCCUGAGAGAUUUUCCGAUCGGGUUAGUAAUAGUAAUAGAAGGUUUUUCUGAGGGGUGUUUUUAUCCAAAACAUCAAUCAAAUACUCAAGGAGAAAAGAAUAAAGCAAUAAAUCCUUCGUUGGCCUGUUUUUUUUUUUAACAGUCACAGAAUCAUGAUCAACAUGCAAUGCAUACCGGCAGCCUUUACUAAGCUGUUGAUCAGUUGUACAGUACUGUUUUCUGAUUUCAUUUUGUUUGUAUAACGGCUUAUUUUACUCAUUUGACCUUAAGACAGAAUCCGCCAGGAAAUUGAAUAAGUUUGAUUUUCAGUGGACAAAAACCUUGUACCAGAAUAAUUUAAAGCAUAUUGCAUUUUUUUUACAUUUUCCAGGGGCUAAAGGUGUCAUCAGUCAUCUGUAAUAAUACUAAAGAAAAUUUCAUAUUGAAGCCCAAGAAAAUGAAAUGUCAAAUUUCACAGAAUUGCAUCUUUCACAUGAAAUUUUCAGAAUUAAAUUAAAAUUACUCAAUUUCCCGGUGGAUUCCGUCUUAAUAGUUAAGCCUCUUUAUGGGUAUUUCCUGUAUUAAAUGGACACACACAUUACAACUUCAUGCCGAUUUAAGUGUGUACCCCAAAUUUUGGGGUCAUCAAGUAUUCAUAUAUUCAGGCUAUUGUUUUUCCGUUGUCGAUUACCUUCCGAAGAAAGUGGGAUUCCUUUGAUUUAGGUGCGAUAUGUCUCUUUUGUUUCGAAUUUUGUUGCUUGAUUGACUUUUUAAUCCCCAUUGUUACUUGAUGAGUAUUAAAUUUAUCCAUUAAAAUACUCGGACUUGCCUGUUAAAUUUGCUGCAGUCUGUGGGAACGCUUACAACUCUUUUAAGCGUGGCAGACAACUCUGGUUGCAUAACAUGUUUUCGGUUACGCACUGUAUUACAAAGGAAACAAGCCUGAUAAAUUUGAAGUUGAUUAAAGCUUAUAAAUACCUCGUCUCCUAUAGUAUUUUUUUUAUUAAAUACUCCCUUGCCUUGAAAAUAAUUUGGCGUUUAAAGAAUUGCUGCAGAAGGUAUUUAUUGGAACUUUUUAUUCAUUUAGUAUUAUCAAAACCUGCGCUCUGCAAUCAAGAGCAAACAACUCGCUUCAAAAUGUAAACAACGCAAGCGGUGAAUGCAUUUAACGGGAUGACACAGAUUUAUUAGAGUGUAAUUUCACUUUUUUGGACGUUUUCGCUUGCCUUUCAGUUUUUUGUUGUUGAACAAAACCUUGCGUUUCAGUUACGUGACUGCAGGGCCCGAAAUAACCGCGCAUUGUCAGUUCACCGAUUUGCAUGACAACUUGAUUUGCGUAGUAGUCAAGUGAGACAGGAAAAAUUUAAAAUCAAAACAAGAGCUGUAAUUGACAGAUCAAAACUUGCGGAGUUCAUAAUUCCUUUAAAUAAUUUUGUAGAAACGUUUGUAUAGUUUGAUUGCUCUGGAGAAAUGAAUAACUGUUAUGAUUGAAUGAAUGGAUAACUCUCGGCCGGAUUUUAUUAAGUGAUAGGCAAGAAAAAAUGCUUCAGCGGCUUGCUUUGUACUUCAAAACCUCGGCAAGAAAAAAAAUCCAAUCCUGGUCCAUAGUGGUCGAAUUUUUUUCGUUCAAGAUCUCCUUUUGAAGCUCUUAAAACUCUCCUUUUUGAAAAAUACAUAUCCAAGUCGAAGAAGUUUUGCGAAAGACUUAAAUCCAUAAACUUCUACUGCAAUAUGUGCGAUAAUUCUCUGAAGAUUUAUUGACAUGUUUAGGACAAAAGGAUACCUUCAAAACUUAAUUAAGCUAUUGUUCAAUUCCUUUGAUUUCGCUUCUGAGUCUUCCGCCAUAAAAUCUCACCUUCUUUGAACCGAGUCAAAAUGAGCACUCUCAAAGGGAAAGUCCGGAAUAAUAAAUUGAGCCUUCAGGGUACAAAAUCCAGCGGUUAUGCCCAUUUCUGAAAUAGACACUUAAAUCGGCGUGAAGUUGUAAUGCAAGGGCAUUCCACAAGGGUGUCCAUCUAAUAUAAUCAAACCCUGCUUCAUGGACUCCUGCUUAAUACGAACACCUCAUUAUUACGGACAAUUAUUUUGCUUUGUCCCUGGGGUAAUAGACCUUGUCACAGUUUUCGACGCCAUCUUGACGAGCUGAGUAGGCAAAUGCAUGAGAAAUUACAGUGUCUGUAUGAGAAUGUAAUGUCGAAUAAUUUACGUAAAACAACUGUUUUGAAAAAAAUAUGAUUUGUAAACUAAAGCUUCACUGUUAAGGAUUCUACUGAAAAAAUUUGAGGGCAUUACAUGCACUAGAAGACCUAGAACCUUUUUUUUAAAUUUUCUAUACAUUUGUCUGUAAAAAUUUCCCAGGAAAAAUUGCACGCAAAUAUUAUGGAAAAUCUAAAGCAAGCUUCUGGAGAGAUUUAAGCACAGUAACGGCCCCCAAAAUUUGUUAGUAAAAUCCUUUGCUGUGUAACUUUAGUUUACAAUAUUGAUAUUUUUUCCAGAACAGCCGUUUUACGAAAAAUCAUUCGACAUUGGAUUCUCAUACAAACACUGUAAUUUCUCAAGCAUUUGCCUACUCAUCGAGAUGACGUCGAAAGAAACCCUUACAUUUCCUCUAAAUUCAACGUGCUUAUUAUGGACACCUCAUCAAUAUGGACAUUUUCUAUGGCCCCCUCUUAUGGCCCCCUCAGUGUCCGAAAUAACAGGGUUCGACUGUACUGGUUUCACAACAACAGCAACAACAACAACGACAACAAUUUUUAUUGUACCCAAAGCAGAAUAUUAUAGUUAUUUACAAGUUGUUAAAUUAAUCAAUUAACUAAAAGGGGUACUGACUUUCUGAAAUAACUAAUAAGUUUAAAAUGCCAAGAAGCCAGAUUCAGUAAAAUGAUUGAACUAAGUUUAUUGUGUGGAGUACAAUAUGGCAGCAUAUCAGACUGUAUACACACAAACACACUGAUAUACACACACACUAGUGCAUAUUACCAUAAGAAGAGCGAAAAAUCAGGAUAGAAGUUACAAAGUACAAGAUAAUUGGCAAUAUUAGUACAGCGAAAGAUAAUGUUGUUUUAAUUUUGAUUUAAAUUGAGAAAGAGAAACAGCUGUAAUCUUUUCAUCAAUUGAGUUCACUGUGGAUGUCUGACAACCUUUCUGGUUUGCCUGGCUAAAAUGGUGACCUAGUAGGACACAAUUAUGCCCUUUCUAAAAGGAAAAAAAAGUAUUUUUAGGCCUGCUAUUCCAAACCAACUGUUAACUCACUUUUGUAGCACAAUAUAUGCCAUGCCAUGUCAAGCUGUUUAAAUUCCAUGGUUGUUUUGUUUACAGUGAAGAUGUCUUCUCAAGCUAUGCUUGCAACUCAUUAAAUCAUAAAGGAAUUAAACAUCAUCCGGGGGAUAUUGUAGAAGCUGGUUGCUUGGCGGUAAGUAUGUAUACCGCAUGUUUUUUGAAAUGGCUUGAAAAUCAAACCAAAAUUAAUUUGUCCCUACUGUGGUUAAACAAGCAUUAGACCUUGUUUGAGUCAGAAUUUUCUUUGUUUCCUAGCCUCAACAAAGAGAAGUCAUUAUGUCAUGUUGCCCUGCUUACUAGCAAAAUUCCUGGAUCUCAGCAAACUGUGGCCCUGCAAUUAUAUGGGAGAAAAAAAUAGGACUGUAUGACUUUCCUAUGAUUGCACUUAGGACUUUUCUUUGAUCAUCCAACAAUACAAAUCAUGAAAUGGCCAUUUCUGUCUUGAAAGAAGGACUGUUGAGAUCCAGAAAUCUUGUUACAUGAUGGUAAAGUGAUAUCACACUUUUCCCAAUUAUUUGUAUGGGACAAAGAUAACAUUAUUCCAUUUUAUCUGAGAACAGUUUAUUCUCACAAUGUUCAACUGUCUGCGCUAUUGAUAUUUUUGUUUUUAAAAAGGUUGUUUCAUUUGCAGGUUUUACUGAUGAUUAUCUUUUUAAAGUAAAUGCACAAUAAAAUGGCUACUGACUUAAUGUAUGUCCCCUCUCUUUUCUAGGCACAGCAGCUACCACAAGCUAAAUACCAGUUGUUUAAAUCACUUCCACAAGAUUUAGUAGAGACAGGUGAUGAUAAUUGAGAUAUUUACUUUGACCAACAUUCUGGUUAUUCUCUUACUUCUUUAAGUCUCUGGUACUUGUGGCUCUCAAGUUGUCUUAGUUUCCUUUGCUCUGUGGCUCUCUGUCAUGCCUGGUUUUCCUGAUUCUCAUGGUUGGUAUUUCUCAUGGCUCUUCCUGUUAUCGUGGUUCUUGUACAUGUAGUUCUCCUCGGUUUUGUGAUCCUCCACAAGUACAUGAACCAGCCUCUGAGGACUACAAGAACCACAGAAACAGGAGACCGAUGAAUCAUGAUGCCAAUAAGAAGUAGGAAACCAUUUUAAAUUCAAGAAUCAGAAGAACCCAUGAGACCAUUGAGACCCUGGCAAAAAAAAUGAUGAUACCGAUGAAAAACAUGUGCGACCAUUCAAAUGAGACCUCUUCAACUGUACUUUUACAUGGCAUCAGACUAAAAAACUAAUGGUUCUUCCACAUUUACGUGUAAAAACUCUUUAAAAAUGAAAGUUGAAAUUUUUGUUGAAUUGGACACUUAGGUCACUUCUUGAAAAGAAGGGGUUUACAUAUAGUUGGGUUUUACUUACAGCAGCCUUGCCCCCCUCCCCCCUCCCCCCUCCUUUAAUCAGACACCAAAGGGACAGAACCAAGUGUCCACUUUACAGAGCUGUCUGCUUUAAUUACUGAUGUAAAGUAAUAUGUAUAAAGUUAGAUGUCUUUAAGCUAUAUAUGUGCAAGAGAGAGAAUUGUUUUGUCCAUUUGCGCAUGGCUAAAAGUUUGUGCAACAACAUUGCAACAACAUGCAACAGGGUGUGCCAAUGGAGGCAACAUGUAACAUUCAACAAUGUUGAGAGCUGUUGGCCGACAAUGUUGCAUACAUUUGCGUGAGGCUGUAGGAUGAAAAGACCUUAUAGAGGUGUUUGCAUGGAGGGGUUUGAUCAUAUUUUAGGUGAUAGUUUUGUAAUAAUAUUGAUAAAGGGAAAUGUUGAUAAACUGCUAAGGAAUUUCCAGGGUUUAGUUAAAAAAAGGGUCCUCGAAGGUUAUUUCAGCCGAAGGUAGAGUUUACCCGUCAGAAAUGACACUUUAGUGAUUAAAUUUCAGACGAGAUUUUCAUUUUCGGCACAAAUUUAAAGCCUAUUUUUUUUUUGUUUACAUCAGGCAAACUAAGUGAUUUGCAACUGGAAGGAGUUUUGUAUGCUGUAAGUAUAAUUAUCACCUUAUUAGUAUCAAGAACUCUGUCAACAUUUGUCGGUUUUUGUAUUGCUCUUUCUUCUGUCCACGUAAAGCAUUUAAAGUAUUUGGGAAAGAUGGAUUUCCAGCUAAAAAUAAAUUCAUUACAAAAAAGGCCCUUCCAGCUGCUGGGGAGAUGACUUGUGGUAGCAAAGAGUGUGUUAUUGCACAGUCAUGGUCUUGAGUUAUAAAAUCAAGUUAAACAGCAUGAAAAAUCCAUUUUAUAAACUGCUGUUGAUUUUUUUUAAUAGUGUCAAAGACAUCAGAUGGUCCUUGCCAAUGGACAGAGAGCUGGAUUCUUUAUAGGGGAUGGUGCUGGGGUUGGAAAAGGAAGACAAGUGAGUACAUUUUGUUUUUGUACAAUUUUGUGCUGUUAAGUCGAUAAACUGUUACUUUGUUUAUUUAGACAAAAAUCAAGAACAAUGGCCAUUUUCACUGAGGUGCAAAUUUACCUCAUUUUCAUGCUUGCAAAAGCACUUGCCUCAUUUUCAUUUUAAAACCAUGUGAUAUCACUUGUAUUUUCCAUUGCCUCCACAUUGCCUCCAAACCAUGUUAAACCACUCAAGAAUUGGAGUUGCUAUGGCAUUUUAUUAAUCUUUGAUCAGCUGGUAGGGUGUGACAGUUGGUACGGGCGUGCAAAAGAACAUACAUGGUUGAUCAUACAACCUUGAAAAGGUCUUAAUUCUACUACUGUCAUCUUGAAAAGUCCUUGAAUUUGGUUUAGGUCCUUGAAAAGUACUUGAUUUCUUUAUUAGGUCAUAAGAAGUCCUUGAAAUUCACAACCUUGUCUAUGCCAGACACCUUUUUCUGUAAAAUUAGAUUAUUUUGCCAAGGAAAAUUCAGCUCAUCCUCGGUGUAAGAAUUGACCUGUAAAACUCACAGGUAACUAUGCUUAAUUUCUGCACCUCAGAUGCAAUUGCACGUCAUACCCAGUCAUUUUGCAAAGUCUUGUUAUGGAAAGGAGUAUAAAAUAAUGUGAUCAAUGAUAUGGCCAAAGAAGUCAAAAUCGUAAAUGACUCCAUGACAUGUUUUAGCCAAUAGGAUGAUCAAAGGGGGUUAAAGAAUGCCUACGAUGUAACAGAAAUAUCGUAGUCCUUGAAAACUGUAAUUUGUCCUUGAAAAAUUCUUGAAAUGUCCUAGAAAUUUGUUUGUCUGAAGUUGUACAAACCUUGAAUAUAGAACUGUUUGACUUUAAGCCCAUUAAAUUUGUAGUCAAGAUUACACUCCAGUUGUUUUCUACUGUAGAUUGCUGGCAUUGUGUUGGACAAUUUUGCACGUGGAAGAUCCAGACAUAUAUGGUUUAGUAUUUCAGCUGACCUACGAUUAGAUGCCCAAAGGUGUGUUCAGAUUAUUUUUUAGCCAAAGUCUGAUUAUGUAUUCAAUGGAAUUUUGACCUUUUAAGUCAAUGAUUUUAACCCAUUCACUCCUGGGAAUUUUUCCAAAAAAUACCUUUUAAAAAAGUCUGCUCUCUAUGACUUAUUGGCAAGGUAGGUUUUAUUACAGAUUAGAAGUCAUAAACAGGAUUUUCUUUUUCAAAAUCAUCUUCUGGUCCCUCAGUCGAUCCUACAGGAUGCGGGCAGUAAAUUAUUUUGCAUCUUUGGAGAUCUGAUGCAUCAGGGGCACAGGAUGCACAGGCAGGGGUAACAAAAUCACUGCAGCAUUAAGUUCAUAAUUCCACAUUUUUUUGGCGCUUUUACAUGUAACCCAUUCACCCCCUAGAACAAAAUGGUCCAGGGGUAAUAUUGGAAGGAAUAUUCAGAAGCAUUUCCACACCAAUGAUCCAAUAAAAUCGAUAAAAUCGGCUUUGGAUUUGGAUUCACUGAUUCUGGACUGUGACAGAUUUUUCAUGAUGUGAAUCCCUAUAGCAGUUUGUUACAAAAUCAGGGAUGCUGGUAAUUGCUCUCUCUCUCUCUCUGUAUAGCUGUAAAAUACUAUAACCCAAGAAACUGACAAAUUUCUGAUUGUUUUUCAUUUGUCAGAGAUUUACAUGACAUUGGUUGUUUUGUCAAAGUGAUAGACGGUUGUCAGCAGCUGGAUAAAGAAACCAGGUACAUGAACUCGAAUACCAUGGGUACAUUAUUUAGAGUGGGGCAAGAAGGCCAUGCCCUCCCCUGCCUUUUUGUCUAAAAUCUUGUUAAAUUUCAGAAAAAAUUCUUUCAACGUCUGUCUUCCAGAAUCUCAAUUUUUGGAGAAAAUGCUCUCAGAGUUCUCUCUGUUUUGGAAUUUUUUAAAUCUUUCUUGAAUACUACAAGUUAUCUACACUGGCUGGUGUCCGUUGUUAUCAUUAUGUAACACAAUAUAAUUAUUCUUGGACAAGGUGCAUUAAUUCCUUUUCUUAAUAAUUAUUUUCUAAGAGUUGUUUUUCAAACCAAUCUGUGCAUGCAAGUUGCAUUAAUUUUCAUUUUCCUUCAAUUCAGGUGUAUUUUUCCCCAAGUGAUAAUCUGAUCCAAAAUCUUUCCAAGCCAACUAUUGCUUCCUACAGUGUAAAAGAAAGGAGAAGUCACACUGCCAUAGAAGCAAAAUUUCUGGGUCUCAACAAACUGUGGUCCUACCAAUAUGGUGGGGAAAAAAGAACAACGAAAAGUUUUUUGUGCAUUAUUGCACUUAGGAGUGAAAGGGUCGCUGGUAUUUUCCUUCCAUCAUUGGACAAUACAAAUGGCCGUCCAUCUCUGUCAAAGAAUAAUAAUAGACAAAGUUCCUCUUUUUGUUGAUCGGUUUUAUUAUCUUUUUGACAGGUGCUAAUCGUCAGAGUAGAUUGCAACAGCUCAUAGACUGGUGUGGUGGUGAGCAGUUUAAUGGAUGCCUCAUAUUUGACGAGUGUCAUAAAGCAAAGCAUUUUGUUCCUGUAAGUAAUUUACAGUAG